CCUCCCAGAUGGCAGCAGCAGCCUGGCACAGUCUGCCAUGUCCAUGGCCUCCUCACAGUUCAGCAUGGACACCAUGUCCUCCUUGUCCGGCUCGUCGCUGCCGCAGGGACCAGCGAGCCCCGAGGAGGGACUGACGGAGGCUUCGGCUGAGGAGGAAGGGAACGAACGGGAGACCCCGCCAGUGCAGGAGAUGCCAGCUGUGGGCACCGAGCACAGAGACUCUGAGGGGAACGCCGUUGCCGAGGAGCGAGCAGGAGUCGCCGAGCACGAGUCCGGUGACCACGGGUGGUGGGACCGGACCGCUGACUUCCCCGUGAGUGACAACAACAACCAGCUGGAGGGUCUGGACAACGACCCCUGCACAGAGGUCACCGCGCCAGGAACGGCGGGCGGUGAGGACGGACGGGGCCUGUGGACCCCCACCCCCGGGGGCACUGAGCCCCGUGAAGACUCCCCCUCUCAAUACACCCCCCUGACCCUGUGACACCCGGCAAUGUGAGGAGACCCAUCCCAGAGGGCAUCAACGGCCAGAGCUGCUCCCCCUCUGAUUGCCCCCUACCCUCAGUCCUGUUCCCCUCUCCCUCACCCCUCUCUGUGGCUGCCAGUCCCUCACUCCCCCCUCCCCACCCCCUCUAUGCUCCUCCCCCCUCUAUCGACCCCUCCCCCUCUAUC